GGCUUCAAUAUUGUAUCCUGGAUUUGUGCAGCCAGAAUAAAGCGAUAAUGGGGAUAUCCUAAACCUGAAAGCACAAUGCUUUUGUCUUAAAAUUUUGCGUUUUUCAAUUAACCUGAGGAAUGGAGGACGACCUGGUGUCAGAGGCUGAUAUUUUGCUCCGGUCUGAGAAGGAGUUUCAUGAUGCAGCAAGGAGGAACGACACAGAGAAAAUGCAAGAACUGAUGAAAAGAGGGGUUGACGUCAAGGCCAAAAACAAAAUCGACCGGAAGGCUCUGCACUGGGCUGCAGGAAUGGGAAACGAACAAGCUCUGCGCCUGCUGAUGGACCACGACACUGAGGUGGACGAGGAGGACAGCUUCGGUAUGAAUGCUCUACUGCUGGCUUCCUGGUUCGGGCACCUCAAGAUUCUCCAGAUCCUGGUGGCAUCAGGAGCAAAGCUCAACUGUGAAAACAAAAAAGGGUUAAAUCUCCUGCACUGUGCUGCUCAGAGGGGUCACAUUAAAGUGCUCGAGUUCAUUAUGGAAGACCUGGAGGACGUGCAGCUGGACAAAAGGGACAAGUCCGACAGGACAGCGCUUCACCUGGCAGCAGAGUACGGACAGCUGGAGGUAGUGGAGUUCCUCAUCGGAUUCGGCUGUGGCCAUGGCCUCAAAGACAAGGAGCUGAACACUGCACUGCAUUUAGCUGCGAAGCACGGACAUGACAAGGUGCUACAGAAGAUUCUAGAGACAGGCGUGGACAUCAAUGAGAAAAACAUUGAUGGUCUCACAGCCUUGCACUUCUGUGCUGAUGAAGGGCAUUAUGACUGUGUCAAGCUGCUUCUGGAGUCCUGCUGUGAUGUCAACGCUUUAACAAAUAAGAAUAUGAAUGCCCUCCAUUACGCUGCCCAGCAUGGCUAUGAAAAAGUGGCGAGACUGCUUGUGGACCGGGGAAUCAACAUGGAUGCCGUGGACAGUCAACAUGCCACACCUCUUCACAUGGCCGUGUUCUACAACUAUUUAGAGAUAGUGAGGCUACUAAUUGAUGCAGAUUGUGACAUGGACAUUCCAGAUAAUAGGCAGCAGACGGCCCUGCACAUAGCAGCAGAGCACGGACGCCAGGACAUUGCUGAGAUGAUCCUCAUUGCAGGGGUCAACUUGAAACUGAUGGACAAGCAAGGAAAGACGUCAUUGGACGUAGCUGCUAGAGGAAACCACGUCAACUUAGUGGACAUGAUCAUCAAAGCUGAUAGGUUUUAUAAGUGGGAAAAGGACAACAUGAACAGUGACUCGGACUCCUGGGAGGGCAGACACCUGAGCUUCAAGCAGGAUCACCACCUGGAGACACAGCACAUCCGCUCUGUCCUGUGGAGGCUGGCAACCAAGUACCUGAAGCCCUGCGAGUGGAAGCAGCUGGCCCAGUUCUGGAGGUUCACAGAAGCACAUAUUAGGGCCAUAGAGCAGCAGUGGACAGGUCAGAGCUCACCACGACAGGCAGUGCAGAUACAGCUCAAAAAGCUACAAGGAGCAUGGCCACCGUAUGCUUCUGGUAUGGCUGCAUGGUGUGAUAAUGGCUGGGGAGAAUCCCAUCAAGGGCUUGUAUGAGGGUCUAGUGGGGAUCUCCAGAAGAGAUUUAGCAGAAAGCAUACGGCAGAAGGCCAAUGCAGAUUUAAACUCCCCAAAGAAAUGCUCAAUCAUGUGAGCGAGAGUUCCCUACCGACACAGAGGGCUGCUUCAUGAACCAAUGACCAUAGCUCUUAUGUCACUUAACUUUCAGAGGGAAAACAACAAAACGACUGUAGUUUAAAUAAAAGUUCUGAAUACCAGGAUGAAAACUUAAUUGUAUACCAGUUUUCUCGAAGUUCAGUGGCCUUUCUUGGAAGAGCAUUACAGGAAUUUCAACGGAGAGCCAAAAGAAGGAAAGAUUCUAACAGAAAUAAACAGUGCCGUUGAAGUGGAAUUGUCCACUGAGUCCUCCGAAUCUCCAUCUGAAAGGGCUACUACUAUAUGCGCCAUUCCAUGGGCACUACUCACUGUACACUGUAUAAGCACAUUUUCUACAAAGACAAGGAAUGCAUUUGUCUAUAGUGUUUAGUUUAUUUUCUUACUCUUGGUCACAGGCUUUGCUCUGGCCUUCUCCAGAAGACUGUUUUAGAACUUUUUUUUAACCAAUGUUUUGCUCCGUCUGACACUGAAGAACGUCAGCUUAAGUGGAGCAGCCUUUCUUUUUAAUCCUGUAAUUUGUUUAAUGUUUUAAAUGAGCAAAAUAACUGGAUGCUGACAAAUCCUUUAGCCUUACACCCCUAACAUUUCCACCUGUAUCUGCAUUCUUCAGCACUGACUACUGUCUACCCUACCUGUAAUCUCAUGUGAGUACCUGAUUAAAUUAAAUUAGUCUAUGCAGCACAAUUAUAUAUAAGAUACAGUACACCCAUUCUACACACAAUUCUACCAAAAUUUGAUGUCAUAUUUUCACAGGGUUUCAAUGCAAUAAAUGUUUUUAUAAAUGUAUAAACAUGACAUUUUUUAACACACCAUUUUAAUAUUAGCAGGUUUAAUGGAGACAAAUACAUGUCCUUUCUGUGACAAGCAAGGAUUGUCCCAACAAAGGAUUUCAGUUGAAUAAAAUUUAUUUUUGUGCACUGAGUGGCACCAGUGUCUCCAGUGGUAUUCAGAAUGAGGCUUGAUGAAUAUAAAUUUAAAUAUAAAAAGUAAAUUCUUUUUUUUCAAAGAAAAGUUAAAAUGUAGUGUUUAGGAUAGUUAGAGGCUUCAAGUCAGCCACUAUACCGCAUAUGUCUGAAUUAGGGAAUAGGCAGGCCCAGACACCGACUGCACGUCUAUCCUAAAGAUGUUGCUAUGCGUCAGUAAAAGAGUGAACCAGCAAAGUUUAUAGAAUUGUCAGAAAACAAACUAAGGUAAUUGGUUGGAACAAAAACCUGCAUGCAGACUCACCCUCCAGGACUGGAGUUGUGCUCCCCUGCUCUAUGGAGAACUUUUCAAGCUUAUAGACUGCCUUCUUCAGUUCAGACCACAGCUUUUCGAUGGGAUUUAAGUCUGGAGACAUAGAUGGCCAUUGAACAUGGAUAUUGUUUUCACUUAACCAUUUCUGUGUGGAUUUUGAUGUAUGUUUCAAGUCAUUGACCUGCUGGAAAAUUCACCUACGACCAAGUCUCAGCUUCCAAGCACAAGCAGAUUUUCUGACAAGAUUUCCGGGCAGUUUGUUGAAUUAUCCAUAGGUGGUAUUUUAAGGUUCUUCAUGGGACUCGGUGACCCAAAGACAAAUUGUGACCCUUGGGUUCCUUAUUGCCUCCAUUGCCAUCUUAUUCACUGCCUGUUGGGACAAUCCCCUUUCUGGAAAGUUUGCAAUUGCAAAAUUAAUUUUUUUAAAUUUUUAUUUAUUAUGGCCUUUACUGUGCUAAGUUAAACAAUUUAUGUAUUUCUUUUGAUACCCAUUACCAAACUUGCGAAGGUCAAUUUACCAUCUGUCCCUUUGGAAUUGACAGUUCUUGGCUUUUCCUAUGCUGAGUUUGCAUGCGUGUUACCUCAUUUUUAUACUCAAGUGAAACAGGUAGUUAAUUUCAUUGCAAAUUUUACUUUGAUUUGAUUUACAAUAAUUGUUAGGGCUGCCAAUGAUUUUGACACCUACGGUUUUAAGAAACAAAUGAGACUACAGAAUAAAAAAUAAAAAAAACCUUGACAUGAGUCAUUGUAUUGAAAUAAAAGUAUAUGGUUUAUAAAAUAAAUAGUAUUUUAGAACAUGA